AUGGCAAGCCUAGAAGAUGAGAGACCAGAUUAUUUGGCUAUGGCAGCAUUGAGGGCGUCUUUGCAUCGUCCAGACGAUAUAGAUUGGACUAGCACAUAUUAUUGCACUUGGGCAGAACUGGAUUGUGACAAGAACAACCGCGUCACAAUCAUACAUCUCUCUUACAGAGGAUUUUCAGGAAGUCUACCUCCGGAGUUAAUUAACCUGACUGCUCUGAGAGUUUUCGAGAUAAUAGGCAAUCAGAUUUCUGGAAUCAUUCCUACAGGACAGAACUGCAGUAUCUGCAAAUGGUUGCUUUGUCCACUAUUGAAGGAUCUUGUGCAGUCUUCUGAGCACAACGAGAUCGAGAUGGCUGAGCACAACGAGAUCGAGAUGGUUGAGCACAACGAGAUUGAGAUGGCUGAGCACAACAAGAUCGAGAUGGUUGAGCACAAUGAGAUCAUCGAGAACAAAGGGAUCCCAAUGCAGAUUCUCAGAGAUGCAACAAACAAUUUUAGAGUCGAGAAUUUACUCGGAGAAGGUGGGUUUGGAUCCGUAUAUAGAGGUACACUGCAAGAUGGAAGGAAUGUUGCAGUUAAGAAGAUGAACAUUUUUGUCGGUAAAAGCCUCAACGAAUUCAAAUCUGAGGUCAUUGUUCUAACCAGGGUUCACCACCGCAACUUAGUGUCUUCUUUAUCGACCAUAUCCGAGCUGAAGGUGAUAUCCAUAUCACAACAUGGUUCCGGAAGAUGCUUCGUGCGGAAUACACUUUUUUGGAAGCUAUUGAAGGAUCUUGUGCAGUCUUCUGAGCAUAACGAGAUCGAAAUGGCUGAGCACAACGAGAUCGAGAUGGCUGAGCACAAUGAGAUUAUCGAGAACAAAGCAAUCCCACUACAAAUUCUCAGAGAUACAACAAACAACUUUGGAGUCGAGAAUUUACUCGGAAAAGACCGGUUUGGAUCCGUAUAUAGAGGUACACUGCAAGAUGGAAGGAAUAUUGCAGUUAAGAAAAUGAACAACCCGAUGGAGUAG